AAACACCACAGUAGAGGCCAGAGGGUUUCGAAAGAUCGAUUGAAGGAAAUGGCGGAUUGGGGGCCGGUGCUGAUAGCGGUGGUGCUGUUCGUGCUGUUCACGCCUGGGCUGCUGUUCCAAAUACCGGGCAAGAACAGAGUGGUGGAGUUUGGAAACAUGCAGACCAGUGGGAUCUCCAUUCUUGUCCACACCAUCAUUUACUUUGCUCUCAUCACCAUCUUCCUCAUCGUCAUCGGUGUUCAAAUCUACACCGGCUAAUUUUUUUUUUAUUUUAAUUAUGUUCUCUGUGUUUUUUUA